AUGAAGAAAUUAAUAAUAUUUUGAUGGCAAGACAUCGGCGUAAAUUGCGUGGUGCACGAAAGAAGCCAUUGCGCAUUGAAGGGUAUGUGGAAAGAACUGUUCAAGGUCUAACAGCAAAGCAAUUUCGCGAGCAUUUUCGCAUGAUUCCGGACACGUAUGAGAUUUUGGAAGCCAAGUUAGGCUUAUUAUUAAGUAAAGAGAGUGACUCUGGCAGAGCCAUUAUUCCUGUUCGCAAGCAGUUGCUGUCUACAUUAUGGCUUCUUGCUACUCCUGAUUCUUACAGGUCUGUGGGUGAACGAUUUGACAUGGGAAAAUCAUCUGCAAGUGAUUCCUUUAUUAGAAUUGUUAAAGCUCUCAACGACAUUGCUGGGGACGUCAUUGUCUGGCCUCGAGGUGACCAGCGUAUUGCUGUUCAGGAGAUGUUUCACCGCAUCGGAAAGUUACCGCAUGUAGGAGCUAUAGAUGGAACAAAUAUUCCAAUUAAGGCGCCAAAG